UGCAAUAGGCACAGGACGGGAAAAGAGUUGGGGCAGCCGUGUUAGGGACUCGUGAGUGGAAGCAGGCGCGGCAAAGUGGCUUUGGUGGCAGCCUCGUUUGUGUUCUGCCCUUGGCGUGGCAAACUGCAGCGGAAGGGACACGUUAGCAGCGAGAGUUCUUCAGUGAGGGGCGAAAACGGGCACUCAAAGAAACGGAUGUUUGCCCCCCGCCCCGCCCGUUUUCCUGAAGCCGAAAGAGUGCAAAGAGGCCUCCCAACCACUGGGGGCGUCACCGUCACCGGUUCUCUGCCGCUUCCAUGUCGGGAAGGAAGUGGAGGACAGCCCUGGGACAGACAGGAAGUGGGCCAUACUGGGAAGGUCGCCGGAGAGAAGCGGGCGGGGGGCGAUCUUGUUGCUACUCCGCCCACGCCAGUCCCCGGAGCCCCGCCCCAAGACGCAGCGCGCACGGCCUGCAGGCGGGACGCAAUAGGCGAAGGCUCUCGGGCGGCGCGGAGGGUGGCCCGUGGCCGACGAUGGUGCUGCGCCGGCUGCUCUUCGCCCUGCUGAACGACCCUCGGCUCCUAGACCGCCUGGCAGAGGCGCGGCCCAUCCGGGCGGCAGCGCGCUUCACGGCCGCGGCCCUCACCCGCGGACUGCGCCUGCGCGAAACCUUCCUGCGCGAGCUGAAGGAAGAAGCGGCGCGCGCAAAGGACGCCGGCUGGCCCCCUCGCCCCCCCGGGCCGAAGAAGGGGCGGAGCCCAUGAGGACCCCCUGCUUUCUGGAGGAACUGCGCAUGUGUGGAGAGGCGGGGCUUCCGGACGGCGUCGUUUGCGCCCCUUCCGGAGCGGCAGGCGUGCGACUCCCUCACCCCCGCCCCCCGAGACCUUCCUGGUGGAGACCGAGCGACGGACCCCUCCUCCCCCACGGGAGCUCCGGGCGGCGGCAGAGGCAGGAGCGUGGCCGAACGGGAGAGGGUACGGGGAGCGGAGUCGCUGCCGAGGGUUGGGCCCGGCCGAGGAGAGGUUCCUGCUCCGGAGAGAGGCCGGGUGGCUCUCAUAAGCGGGGCAGCGAAAUCCCCCCCUUCCCUUUUUCCGGAUUGGGACUCGAUGCUGAGCCCAAAGCGGAGCGCAGUUGUGCGCCGAGAGGGACCGUUUGGGUUUGCUCCGGUGCUGCGGAAACGCCGUCGCUGCUCAGCCCCGGGAGGCGGCAGCAAAGCCAGUUCCUUUGAUCGGAGUCUCAGCGGCGUUUCCACAACUGAUGGGAAGCAACUUUGUGGCUAGAACCGUUAGGUGAGCAGGAAGAACUGAAGCGGUAAAGGACCUGGAGGGGCCCACGAAAUUUUGGCUGAAAUCUGCCUGAAUUGCAGUCCGAUAGCCUCUGUUCACAUGAUGUUUUUAAUUAUUGUUUCCUUAAUAAAGUGGAACCUAACCAAAUAAAAUGAAUUUGAUUAAGCCAUUAAAAAAAAGACUCCAACGCCAUGGUGCAUAUCAACUGGCCCAGAUGUGUCUGUCAAGCAAAUGCAUCCACUGAAUGGUCAGGAACAAUGGAUCGGCAACUAGAUUUAUAGAGGGGGGUGUCCUAGGCACAUGUCUCAUUCACAAGACAAAAUUAUGUUCUGUAAGUCUUGAUGCAUGUUAUACAGUGGAUCUCUAUUUGUAUAUUGACCAAUGAUGCCAGUGUCGUGGUUUUUACUGGACACCUAUAAUUAUUGUAGUUUAAAACUAGUUGGAUUGUGUGCUAGGUAACCUAAAUCUGGAGGAGGGUGGCAGCUCUCAUGAGGUUAAAAUGCGGAUAGGAUGACAGACAGGCUUGCAUUUGAGACCCAGUUGCUACUGCAGGAUGGGGUGGGGUCCCAGCACCGUCUCCUGCAGACUGCAGUUCAAAAGCAGAUAAAUGGGUCAGUGGGCAAUUUAAUGGGGAUUGAGACUAGGAAGAGUGCAGAGAAAAGCAACAG